GAGGUCAUGGCUUGCAGGCCUGUCUAGAGCAGGAGUAUAGUAGAGAUGCUGCCAACUGCUGUUCUGCUGGUCUUGGCAGUGUCCGUGGUCGCCAAAGAAAACACCACGUGUGAUGGUCCCUGUGGGUUACGGUUCAGGCAGAGCUCGCAAGGGCCUGUCCGGAUUGUUGGUGGACAGCCUGUGCAGCAUGGCGCCUGGCCCUGGAUGGUCAGCCUCCAGAUCUUCAUGUCCCACAACAGCCGCAGGUACCAUGCAUGUGGAGGUACCCUGCUGAAUUCCAACUGGGUGCUUACAGCUGCUCACUGCUUCGAUAACAGAAAAAAAGUCUAUGACUGGAGACUGGUUUUCGGAGCACAGGAAAUUGAGUAUGGGAGCAAUAAGCCAGUGAAGGCACCUCUGCAGGAGAGAUAUGUGGAGAAAAUUGUCAUUCAUGAGAAAUACAACGUUGUGACAGAAGGGAAUGACAUUGCUCUCUUGAAGGUCACCCCUGCUGUCACCUGUGGGCGCUUCAUCGGGCCAGGGUGCCUGCCCCAUUUUAAGGCAGGCCCUCCCAAAGUUCCCCAGACCUGCUACGUGACCGGAUGGGGUUACAUAAAAGAGAACGCUCCCAGGCCAUCACCCAUCCUGCUGGAGGCACGUGUGGAUCUCCUCGACCUCGACCUGUGUAACUCAACCCAGUGGUACAAUGGGCGUGUCACGUCAACCAAUGUGUGUGCAGGGUAUCCUGCAGGCAAGAUUGAUACCUGCCAGGGGGACAGUGGUGGGCCUCUCAUGUGCAAAGACAGCGCAGACAGCCCGUUUGUGGUUGUGGGGAUCACAAGCUGGGGCGUGGGCUGCGCCCGUGCUAAGCGUCCUGGAAUCUACACGGCCACCUGGGACUACCUGGACUGGAUUGCUUCCAAGAUAGGACCAAACGCCUUGCACAUGAUUCAACCAGCCACGCCUCACCCCCCUACCACCCAUGCCUCCUCCUCUCACCUUCCCUCCUCCAAUCCUGCCUGGUACUUUGAAAACCCUCCUCAUGCUGCUCAAUCUUCCCACACUCACCCCUUUCGGCCUCAGCCCUAUCCACCUCAACACCCAUCCCAGCCUCUGCCACCACCGCCCUUAUCUCACACCAAACCUCCCAAAGCACUUUCCUUUGCCAAGCGCCUACAACAGCUUAUAGAGGCUCUGAGAGGGAGGCCUUAUUCUGUUGCCAAGAACUCUUACUACAUGGGGCCUACAGAGUACCCAGAGACAGUCCUCUCCUGA